GCGCUACCACACGUCGAAAUCUGGGGGCCAGAUGAUUGGCUUCAAGGAGUACGUGGACCGCAUGAAGGCAGGCCAGACCGACAUCUACUACAUCACGGCCGAGAGUAUCGCCGCUGCGUCCUCGUCGCCCUCCCUGGAGGCUCUGCGCACGAAAGGGCGGGAGGUUCUGUGCAUGACCGACCCCAUCGACGAGUACUUCGUGCAACAGCUCAAGGAGUUCGACGGGAAGAAGCUCAAGCCCGCGACCACGGAGGACCUCGACCGCGAAGACGAGGACGAGAAUCAGGAGCUGGAAGAGCUGAAGACGGAGUUCGAGCCGCUCGCCGCGCCCAGCGACCUCGCCGAUGCUUUCGUCCAGGAGUGCGAAAACGCGAUCCUCGACCUCCCGAUGAGUACUACGAUCCCCGCGAGUGAAGAGAUCGUGGACGCGGCCCUCGAGCGCUGGGAGGCCAAUACCGAGACCCACUCCUUCUGGCAGUCCCCCGACGCGUUCUGGGCCAUCAAAGCGAUGGUGGAGCAGACCCUCCAGCUGCUCGACAGUGCCGCCGAGGACCGCUCUCGACCUCGGCGACGUCAGGCUUGCGAAGGCUAGCCACGACCGCCCGUGCCUCUGGCCCGCCCGCCUCGGCCCCGCCCUGCCGCUUCGCUGCAGCGUCGCCGAGUGCGCCCCAGAAGCAUCGUUGAGAGCGAU